AAUGGCAACAGGAACAAUGUUAGAUUAUGAAAUGUCGAAAAAAGAUCAUUUACAAAAAAAGGGUGUCCCAGACAAGGUAAAGCUAAACCAGUUACAAAACCUUUUACAUGAUGCCCUUUUAGCUACUGGUCAUGUUUCACGAGGUGCUCUAAUUAAGCAAAAAGACUGUAGCCUGAAGGCAAGCACAGUGGGCUUCUCGAUUCCCUUCGAUCAAAUGCAGUUAAUUUGUGAUGCUUUUUCAAAUUUGAAUACAACGAGAGAACAAGGUGUGCUUUUUGAAGGAAGGCUAUAUAAAUGUGUACGAGCGGAUAAAAAUUCGAUUUAUGGAAAACACGGAAAAAGGGGAAUUGUUCUCGUUAAAACCCAAACUUUAAUAGUUGUUGGAGUAUACUCAGAAAAUAUGUAUCCAAGUGUUUGUAUUGAAUCAGUCGAAAAAUUAGGAGAUUAUUUAAAAGAAAAAGGAAAAUAA